AUGCAGCCCACUAAAGCCCCCCAACAUCUUUCUUCCCUUCAUCCUUCUUUUCUUCCGACAACACUGGCUAAUCCCGGUGAUAUUCUCUUUUCUACUACCACCACAAAUCGUCGGAGUAAUUCUUUCCUCCAACCAUCGAAUUCCUCUCGAUAUCACCAGAACACCUCUGUUUUUUCACUUGUUGAUCCAAAUAUCGAACUCCCAACAAUUAGUGCAAAUGAAGUUGAACAGGUUUUCAAUCAGCUUCAGUCUACUAAUUCUUCACAGUCUACCUCUCGCAAAACUACUGGCUAUUGGCUCUCCAAGGAUGAUUCAUUCACUCCCCCACCGAUUAAACGAUCUUUCGGGGGUUGUAUCACCCCUGCUGUGAGUUGCUCCAAUAACCCUGCACAGACUCAACAGUUAUCUCAAAUACGAUCAAGCUCUCUUGUUGCUGCUCUUCAACUUCCUUCACUUGGUUCAGUGAAUUCGAAUUCAAAUUCCUCGUCUUCUCCACCCCUUCAUGCAGCUCUUAGAAGACAGCUUUUAGCUCCUUUGAAUACCCUUACGAAUCUCUCCAGUGCAGCGAAACAGAGGCAGGAGAAUUUAACUGUUCGACUGGCGAAUAGGGCUAAACUAACGUCUGCAGCGAGGAUACCUGUUGUGACUAAUGGAUCUUCGGUUGAAUCUGAAUGCAGCACUCCAACUCGAACAGUCGUGCUGCAACAGGCUCCCAUGGUGGCACCAUCUUCCAAUGACCUCCACAUUCCUCAAGAUCCAAAUGAACGCUUUCGUUUUGUCUGUCCACAUCCAAGAUGCGGCCGACGCUAUCAAGCUCGAAUCGGUCUGACACGUCACCUGAUGAAAUAUCAUGAAGAGAGUGUUGAGACGGAAGAAAAUACACUUUCAUUGAAAUCUUCGGCAUCGAAGCCUCAUCAAGAGAUCCUUCAAUCUUCAACAGUGGCUUCUACCAAUAGUUGUGAAGACAACACUACUGCUAACCGUCUCUCUCGUUCACCGGUCGCUAAUACCAACGGAUCUGCCUCCUCAUCUGUCACCUCUUCGAAUACCUCAUCAAAUCUCAAACUCUGUUUCUCAGUCCGAACUGUUCGGAUUGAUCAUCGAUCGUCUCAAUCGCUCGAUCGCUCGAAAGUCCAGCGCCGUUGUCCCUCACCCCCACCUCCCUCUUCAUCAAUCAAUACUCUCACUGGCUCGACCCUCCACCCCUCUCGAUCAUCUGCCUCCGGCGUAACCAGCAUAGCUGCUCGUGCUGCACUGCGGAGUCGAACUUCUCCAAGUCUCCUUUAUGAACGCCCAGGUACAGCCUCUGGCGUACUAAAUUCCCCAGAAACGGUCGCCAGUGGAGUCACUAAUAGUGCCGCUAAAGUAGCCAUUGUCUCCAUGCAACAUUCGCCUGUGGCCACCACGUCAUCGAACAGUGAGCAGUUGGAGCAAAUCCCCUCUCAAUCUAAGCCUUCAACAUCUCAGUUACACACACCAGCGUCUCAAUUACAACCCCCGCAGACACCCUUCAAUAUGUGCAUUUAUUCCAAUGAUGUCUCCGAUCUCCUUAAUACAUCUGGUGGUGCAUAUACGGAGCCAUGGUGCUGUGGUUCAAGUGAUCGCACUGCCCCCGUUGCUAGUCUAGCACCUUGUUCCUCUUCCUGUUGUUGGCCCGAUGACUACGAGGAGUUUGAGCAGGAAAAAGGCGUUGACGAGGAACUCGAAUGCGGAGUUGGCGAUGAAGCCGAUUUUCUAGGAGAGGACUGUAGCAGUGAUCUCGGAUUCGACUCCUGUUACUACCCCAGUCGACCCACUGAUUCUCUCCCCUGUCUCCUCCAUCCAACAUAUCCACGCCACUUCCACUCCCCACCUCCCUCCUUUCAUCAUCUUCCGCGUGGUUCCGCUCUUGAUCUGUCAUCUACUACCACUGGGAUGACCGAGGAGUGUUCUUCCUGUUGUUGGACAGCAGAUUCUAGUUCUCUGGGCUACGGUCGUGGUGGAAGACAUUCGUCAGAAGAUGGAGGUAUUCCUCCUGGAAGCUUCUGGACGUCUCCUUAUCCUCGUGUCCCUCCUCCGCGACAAAGAAAACAGAUGCUAUCUUCCACUUCAUCAGCUCUCCUUGUUUGUAGAAGAAGACUUUCUACAAACGGAGGGGAGAAGAAAAAUGGCGUGUGCAGUGGAAGUAUGAGGUUGAGACGGGGUGGUGAUCGACAUGGUCGUCGUAGAACAAUGAGCAGCAGUGGGGGCAGUAGUGGAGGAAUAUUGGUGCCACCUGCAAGCCAUCAACAUGGUAUGAAGGCGGAUUCUGUGAGUACGGAGAGGUCAUCGAGUGUGAUCUGUGGAGGGGGGUGUGAUCAGACUUCGAUGCCGAUGUCUAAGGAUGAGCUGGUGACUUGUCCUGUACAUGACUGUGGUCUCGUCUGUUCAGGAUGUGAAAAUCUCUGUGAACAUCUCAAGGAAUGCCAUCUACCUGACUCGCAGAGCAAACCAGUGCGUUUAAUAUUCGCCUGUCCCGUGAAAAGUUGUCGAACUUUCUGCGCCAACGAGGCAGCUUUCGAGGCUCACUUUGAUGCUCAUCUGGAAAAUCGAAUUUCGGGGAAGAUUGGCAACUAUUUCCGUCGGACUUCGGCCAAUACUGCUUCAACAGACGACUACUUGGUGAAUGGUGCGAGUUUUUCAAGCAGCCGUCAGCCCCAUCAGCAGUCCCAUAGGCGUCAUGUAAAAUCCACCUCUUCACUCGUUGAUCUCAAUAUGGAUGUUCUUGAUGACCUUUGUCUGCCGCUUUCUAUGUCACCGACUGCAGAGCAACAUGUUACAGCGGAUGAUGAAGACGUCAAUAAUCGAAAUAUAAAUGAUGAUCCAGACUUUUCGACUAGAACAUCACCAGCGAAGCUUGAUAGUCCUUCGACGCCAGUUGGGAUUCUUGAUGGUGAAAAUUGGAGUCUCCUUCAAGCCCUAGAUCUCCUUCCUGAUGAUGAUCUCCAUGAACUGCUUCAAGGCAAAACUUCCGGAGGCAGUACCAAUUGUAUUAAUGGGGCCUUCACAGGACCUCCUCUUUUCAAUGGUGGUAGCGGAAACACACCUACUCUCUCUAAUGGAUCCUCCAAUGGUGGGAUCGGUGGCAUUGGGGUAAUAUUGGUUAUUCCUUCUGAAGUGAUAUAUAUAUUUGUAAAAAAAUAUUUCUAA